AUGACGUCACCUUCACCAUCCGGAAAUGUGGUGGUCGUUGGUUCAGACGGAACGUCGUCCAUCUCGGACCGCUGGCCACCUCAGAAGCCGCGGAUCACACCGCCACGUGUUAGGAUAGAUCGUCAAUUCGUGGCCACUGCAGUACCUCAUGUGCUCAUGUUUCUCUUGGUUUGCAUCGUCUUCACCGCACAACAAACACGCAUAUCGACGCUUGAGAGACGCAUCGAUCAGCUUGCCGUUCAGGUAUGA